UUAAUGGCUGCCUCAUUUCAGUUUUUGUGUCUACUGCGAAAAAGUUUGAAAUUCUAGUGACAAACGAGUACGAUCGCGUCCAAAUCGCAGCAGCAAUCGCUAGUAUUGUUUUGUAAAAAGUAGUUUUUAGUGUUUGUAAGCUAGAAAGUGGUAGACUGAGUGGAUAAAUUUGCAUUUGAAAAAGUCGGACGAAAAGCUAUUAAAUUUUCCUUCGGAUAUUUGCAAUCUUGUGUUCCUUCCGUGAGACAGUGUGAGUGGCACGAAAAGGAGUCCCCAUUUUUUUCUUGUCGCGGUUUGACGUGUGCGAAAUUGCAUCCUGUUUAAAACGGAGAAGGGAACGAGUGCGUGCGUUUUUGGUGCGUGAGAAGAACAAGAAAACAUCUGUGAUAAAAUCGUGCGUGUGAACGAGUAGAAAAAGGGAACGAUUCUCGGAAAAGUGCACCCCUGUUCCAAGGGGUGGGGGUCUCUGACGUUUUCGUUUCUGGGGGGCGCCCCCAAAAUUGUACCACGGGUGUGUGCGUUUGCGUAUAUACAGUGUGAGCUGUCAAAAUCGUUGGCUAGUGUGCGUGAUUUAACGUCAGUAAACGAAUAAAAAAGAAACUUUUUUUUUAUCCAUCAGGGAAGCGAACGAAUCAAUUUUCGACACAAAAGUUAAAUCCGUGGGUUGAUUUUGCAUCCUUGUUACGAGACUUAUGUCGGACGCGAUAAAUAUGGACCUACAGUCGUCGAUGUUGCUGGAAACGCUGCGCCAGACGCCUAGCAUACAGGAUAGCAGCAAUCUUGAUAGUGGCGGAAGUGCAGGCGAAGGUAAUCCGAAAAGUACUUCAUCUUCAUCGCUUUCGUCAUCAGCGGACGGUGGUGGGGGAGGAGGCAGUGUUGGCCUAAACUCUGACGGUGGCAGCAGCGAAAAAAGUGCACUGGAGGCGAUGGAUCCGGCUAUUCUAUCUGCUUCGGCACCAUCCGGGACCGAGUCUCCAGUUUCCGGAAAUAGCAACGGUGAAAAAUCGAACAGAACAAGAUAUUCGAUUAACCAGCUGCUGGCGUUGAGGAAUGUAGAAUACUCGAAACAAAAGCCUAUCUUUAUGAUUGAGCCAAAAAGUGAAAAACUCGCCAGAAUGUUCAGCGUUCUGGACAGGAGCACGGAUCGUUAUGGAAAAAGUCUGACGAUGGGAAAAACUGCAGAAACUGCAUACGAGGAUGACAACGGAGGUGGAAACGGUACAGCUGGAAAUUACGGACGGAAUCGUGUUGCUAAUGGACCUGGUGGUGGAAACGCCGAUAAUGGGUCGAGUGGAAGUGGUCGAAUGGAAGUGCGUCGUCCGGGGGGACUAGACCUACGUGAUCCUAAAGAUCGAUUACGUAAGGAGGAUGGUAUUGUCCUUUCGCCUCAGAGGAGAUCGUUCAAUAUGGGAUGCCAAAUGCCAGCAGCUCCAAGUGCCAACACCGGUGGCUUGACCAUCGGAGGAGGGCUGCUACGCAAUGAACGAGACAUCAUUGGAGGCAGAGAACGACGCAUUGGCAGUGGUCGGAUUUUGUCACGGGAUGUGUCUUGGGAUUAUCGACCGGAUAAGGAUGCACCGGAGAGUAACGACUAUCGUGCACAAGGUAACAACAACUACCGAGAGAGGGAGCGAGAUAUUCGCGAUGGCCGUGACGUUCGAGAGCCCCGAGAUCGAAACGAUAAAGAUUUCCGUAAGGAUUACGAUCGGGACCGUGAAGACCGUUCUGAUCGAAGAUCUUUCAAUCGGGAUUACGAUCGAAAUGAUAAGGACUCACGUAAUAACCGAAUGUCUUCACGCUAUUCUAACUCAUACAAUUCAAACAACGAUUCGCACGGAGGAAACAGUUACCAUUCCAAUAAUUACAACAAUCAUUAUCAUUCAUCUCAUCACGACCGUCGUCGUCUCUAUAGUGACCACAAUCGAGAUGAAGAACCUGAAUGGUUUAGCGAGCCAACCUCUCAAACGGAUACCAUCGAGCUGCGUGGAUUUGAUGAUCCAGUGUCCGAAGAGGAAACAACUAAAUCGGACAAGGAGGAUGCCCGCGACGACCCCAAAAAAGACCUAUUGGAAAUCAAACAACCCAAAGGAGUUAUUCAGCGCCCCACUUCGUCCUUGCAGCAGAACGACAAAAACAACAACGCUGAUGAUACCGACCUGCUUUUACCAUCGGGCCGCAUCACAAAAGCGGAAGCCAUCGACAAAGCGAAUGAUAACCAUCAGCUGCUUUUACCGCACGAUGCAAGCGCUGCGUUGGCGGCUGCCGCCGCCAGAAUGGACCGUACCCCAGGGGAUGGGGCCAGCGAAGGAUCCACCACCAAGGCGGGACUGGCAUCAACGCUCAGUAUUGCGAGCACUCUUGGGCAGUCCAAAAUCAACGACGAUGACUUCAAUUUUGAGGACUUUCUGAAGCUUGACGCUCUGCCGAAUAGUUUGCUAUAUCCGGAUCUCCCAGCCAGCAAAGACAGUGGCAAUGCAGGUGGCUCCCGAUUCUCACAAUGGUUCCGACAAGACAAUGCCGCUCAAUCACAGUCAACCCAACCAUCGGGGCUCAACCCAGAACAACAACAGCCGAAACAGCUCCCAUCUCACUUUAACGACAGCCGAAGAUCAUCCCUGCAAGAUGAAAUCAACAACAUGAUCAAUGAUUUUACAUCCACUGGACUAGACGACCAUAUUCCGGACACAAAUUCGAACAAAUACUUUGCUCCAAUCUCACCGGCGGCCAGCACUUCAUCAAAUUCAUUGAUGGAACUAUUCCAGCGUGGUGAUAAACAUCUCCAACAGCAGCAGCAGCAACAACAACAACAGCAACAACAGCAGCAGCAGCAACAACACCAUAAUCAGCAGCCCCACCAACAGCAUCGGGAUCGAGAGCAUCAUCCACAACAGCAAAUACCACCGCCACAACCGCCUGUACCACAUGGCCAUCCACUUUUGAACCAUCCUUCCAACCAGCCAGUACUACACAAUCAACAUCAGCAACAGCAGCAGCAGCAACAUCAUCAACAAAUUCAAAAUCGUAAUUUGCAGCAGCUGCUUGGAGUAAGUGGUAGCGGCAAUGUUAGCAAUCACGGUCCGCAUGGUCCCAUCCCGCCAGCACCUAGCGGUGGUCAAAUACACAGUGUUGAAGAACUUGAAGCACGCUUCCGUCAAAGCGAUGGUGAAGGAGGAAAUAGUCGUUCUGUUCCAGUUGUCCCAACCAUUCCGCGGUUAAUAACACCUUCAUCUGGCAAUGGAGGCAGUGGCGGAGGCACUAUACAUCCAUCCAACGAUGCUCAACAGCAAGAAAUGAACGCUUUCAAAAAACUAUUGGCUCAAAUAUCUGAAAACCAACCGCACAAUGCACAACCGAAUCCAGCAUCCCAUCCUCCUCAUCCGAUCAACAUGUUGCAUCACCAGCAGCAACAAAAUGAGUUGCUCCAGAAAAUGUUACAUUUGAACCAGAUGCACCACCCGGUCAACGAUGUACGCCAAGCCGAAAUCUUGAAGCGUCCGGAGGCACAAGCUCUACUGCAUGGCGUUGCUCGCGGUGAAGUAUCUCAGCACAAUCUUUGGCAGCAACUGACCAACCCCGCCACGGCUCAACCGCAUCGCGAAAUUCUUACUUCUGUUCUCAGCACCAUCAAUACCAGCCCUCGUGUCGUUUCACCAAAUAUUCUCAUCCAACCGAGCCCGGGAGGCGUUCCGAUCCUUCCACCUGCUACCGUCCCACCAAACGCGGCAGCCGUUGCCGCAGCAGCUGCUGCCAACAGUGCCAAUCUACUAUUUCAGCAUCAUUCCAAGCAGCAGAUGCGACUCUCACCACUGCCGAAUGGGAUGCCGCAGAGAAUUCCAUCCCCCCGUGAGCUUCAGUAUCACACUCAGUCAAUUAUGCAGAAUGCAUUGAUUCGCAAGAAGCUCGAAGAACAAAGGGAAAACUAUCGCAAGCGUCAGGAACAACAGCAACAGCAGCAACAGAAUCGCAGUCAACCCGAGACUAGCGCUGCUUCAUCGUCGGUGGUUUCUGCUACCACGACUUCUACGACAACCAGCGGUGCGAGCUCAUCUGCCGCUAUUUCCAAUCAGCAGCAAUCUGGCAGUCAAGUGGCGAACAUUGCUGCGUCGAGCGCGCCAACUACAGUAGUCCCGUCUCCCGCACUAACAACUCCUGUAAUGGCCAGUUCAAUUGCUUCGCCUGCCAAGCAAACUCCACCGACUCAUUCACACUCACAGCAUACAUCUUCUCCCACGCCGUUGGCAUUCACUCCAACGUCUGUCCUGCGAAAAAUGACCGCUGAAAAAGAAACCGAGCAACUGUCAAUCAACAAUUCCACGAGCAACGCAUCGCACUCGACAAUUUCGAGUGCUCCUCAUAGCGAACGUCCUCCACUGGGAACCGCUGGUCAUGGUCAAAAUCUCCUAAUGGGGCUGAACAAUCCUCUCACCCAGCAGCAGCAGCAACAACAAAGAAACUUAGCUGCCCUCAUAGGAUCGCAUCCUCCGCUUCAACCGCAAGGGCCCCCACCUCCGCUACCCCAUCACCACCUGGGGAAUGCUCAUCAUCCGACUCCCAUGGGUCCGCAGAACGCUCAACCACCCCAAACGAACCACCAGCAGAUGCGCGGUGGACACCAGCCACCGGGUAUGCCCGGUGGAAACAUUCCGUGGAAUCUGAAGCAGCCACAUCCGAAUCAACAAAUGCCACCUAUGUCAAAGCCCCAGGGCAGGCCAAUCCUCAAAGGAGGCAAUGCCCAGCAACAACCACCGCAGCAACAGCAACAACAUCCGUCGGCAAUUUCGCAGAUGUCAUUCGCUUCCAAUUUAGAAUUCCAACAACAAAUGCAACAGUUUCAAGGACGCAGCGGUAAUCCAAUUCUUGGGGCACAUCAAUCGCAACAGCAACAGAUGCUACAACAACAACAGCAGCAACAGUCUCACAAUCAACACCAAAACCAGAUGAAUCCACACCUGCAGCAGUUGCUCCAGCAACGUCAACAGCAACAACAGCGUGCCAUUCGCAACCAACACAUGCAGCAGAUGCCACCAUCAUUCCGCAUGGGCCCGCAACAGCAGCAACCACAAUCUCAAGGAUCCCAUCCUCACCAGGGACAACCACAGCCGGGUGGUUCAGGGAUUAUCAAUUACAACCGAGAUGGGGGUCUGUCACCUACCAGCAAUCAGCUCGCCCGCUGGUUCUCUCCGGAACUCCUCGCGCAAGCCUCUGCCGGUAAAUUACCGUCUCUCAACAUAGGACAGGCCAUGAGCUUGGAGGAAUUCGAACGCAACAUGCAACAUUCGUCUACCACAGUACACAACUGAGUGCUACCUAACGCUGCAUCUCCCGCUAGAUCCGUUGCCGUACCGUCAUCAUCUUGGCUCGGUGGUGGUACCGGCGGAUUCCCACGGUUAGCGGCGGAUUUUCGCAGAGACAGCAAAUUCAUCUGCCGGCCAGAGUAAGUUUACUCUCUCACACUCUCACUCUCAACCGUGCGAAGCAAUCUAAUCGACCGUCUCUCUCUCCCUUUCUCAAAACAUUUCUGUCCAUUUGAUCGUUUUUGGGGAGCAUCCGUUCUAUUUGAUACAGAUAAACAAGAUUAGUAGCGAGCUGUGUAUAGGAAUGCACUUCAUACACUUUUAUCAGAUCUUUAUCUAAAGACACGCGCCGCAAAAUUUACACUCACACACACACAUAAGUACAUCGUUCUGAUAGGGAGCGUUGCUAAUUGUAGUAUUUUUCUCAAUUGUCUUAACGUACCGAGCGAAUUACUGGAUGGAAACUAGUAGGUAUUAUAUUGUUAGGAUCAGCAUCCGUAAUGUAAUGUUUGUAAUACGGUUGCAACCGUUAGUUGUUGAAAAAGGAAACUCUGGCAUAAGUAACGAAAAACAAGAAACUCUAGAAACCCUAAACUAAAGAACGCAGGAUUGAACUAAAGAGGCAUUGAUAGCUAGUUAGAUAGACAUAAUUAAAUAUCACAACCCUUUAAAGCAUUUGAUAACACAAAAGUGGAAAAAAUAGAAGAUUUAUACCCAGCAGCUCUUGGGUGUAACGAAAAACGUGUACAAAUAGUUGCAAAGCUUCUCAGUGUUGGUGCUUUCAUUCCCUCGGUAGUCGCUAGCAGUGUAGUUUUACUAUUUGUAUUAUUUUGUUUUUAGAUUGCCUAUGAGUUGAGGAAAAGUACAGACUAUGAACUACAUCAUUUGAA